GGGCUCCCCACAGGUUGUACACCUAUUGCCCCUUUUAAGGCGCGUGCUCUGAACUGCCCUGGAGCAGAACGAAGAAGGGCCGGUGGCGCGAGAUCAUGUGAGAGUCCACGCGCUGAAAAGUAGGUUAGUGAGAGAAAGAGAGAGAGAGAGAGAGAAAGAAAGAAAGAAAGAACCAUACGCACGCGCGCGCACACACACGCACAGACAGAGCGAAAGAGAGAGAGACAGACAGACCGCAGGGGGAAACAAGUAACGAUACGAGGAUUCAAACGGAAAUGAACUCCAGCCUUUGAUCGCUUGCUUGUCUUUUGCGGCGCGCGCGCACACCUCUCUCCUGUGAACUUCAUGCGGUUUGGUUGUUAACGGUUCCAACGGCUCUGAGCGGAGCUUUCGCGUAUUUCAUCCCUUAUCCCUCUCUAACACCGCCGUUCAAAUGCUCAGGAGUUUACACUAAUAUUUCCAGAUAAUAUAAAAGAAACAAAAAAUAUAUAGAUACAUCAGCAUGAGAGCUCAAAUCGAGGUGAUCCCCUGUAAGAUCUGUGGGGACAAAUCGUCAGGGAUCCAUUAUGGAGUGAUCACAUGUGAAGGAUGUAAGGGUUUCUUCCGGCGCAGUCAGCAGAAUAACGCCAUGUACUCGUGUUCUCGGCAGAGGAACUGUGUGAUCGACCGGACGAACAGGAACCGGUGUCAGCACUGCCGGCUGCAGAAAUGCCUGGCGUUCGGCAUGAGCCGCGACGCGGUGAAGUUUGGCCGUAUGUCUAAAAAGCAGCGGGACAGCCUGUACGCCGAGGUGCAGAAACAUCAGCAGGAUCAGGAGUGCAUCAGCGGCGUCAUGUCCUCCAGCGGAGUGGGGGAGGAACCCGGGGAGAACAGCCCCGAUGGACACCCACGAACCUGCAGCCGCAGCUCCAGCACGGCCCUCAGUGACCUCGACGACCUCGGAGGCCUGCUGUUUGACCUGCCCCUGACCUCGGAGGACGAGUACUGCGGCCUGGAGGCACAGGGCAACAACAGGACCGGUGGAGAAGGAAGCAGCUCGGGGAGCAACACGUCCUCUCACAGCUCCACCGAGUCGAAACACGAUUACCAGCUUCUCCAUACGCUUCAUACACACUCGCUGCUCAACGAGGGGCUCUCGCUGCAUGAGACAGAAUGCAUCGCUCAGAGUGUGGUGAAGUCACAUGUCGAGACGAGUCAGUACAGCACAGAGGAACUGAAACGGCUUGCGUGGAUCCUGUACACAGCCGAGGAGACUCGCACGUACCAGAGCAAACCGAUGGAGGUGAUGUGGCAGCAGUGUGUGGCGCACCUCACUAACGCUAUCCAGUACGUGGUGGAGUUCGCCAAGCGCAUCCCCGGCUUCAUGGAGCUGUGCCAGAACGACCAGAUCAUCCUGCUCAAAGCAGGAUGUCUGAGCGUGCUGCUGAUCCAGAUGUGUCGCGCGUACAACCCAGCUAAUCACACGCUGCUCUUCGACGGGAAAUUCGCCAGCGUCCAGCUCUUCAAAGCUCUCGGUUGCGAUGACCUGGUGAACGCUGUGUUCGAACUCGCUAAAUCGAUGAGCCGCCUGCAGUUCACAGAUGAAGAAAUGGCUCUGUUUAGCGCUACCAUCCUGUUCUCCCCAGAUCGGCCCUGGCUUACAGACAGACAGCAGGUUCAGAAGCUACAGGAGAAGGUUUAUCAGGCGCUGCAGCGCUGUCUGAACAGAGAGGGCGCCAACGAGCACAAACUCAACAAGAUGCUGGCUAAGCUUCCUGCAAUAAAGUCCAUUUGCAACCUCCACGUCGACAAGCUGGAAUUUUUCCGCCUGCUCCACCCGGAAACGGCCUGCAGCUUCCCCCCACUGUAUCGGGAAGUGUUUGGGAGUGAGAGCUUCUUCCCCGACUCCACCAAGGGCUAGACGACAGCAGAGCAUCACUGAAACUGGUGCUCAAGUGCGAAUGAGCGGGAGAUGGAGAGAAAGACGUAGGGAUGAAACGAAAGACUGGUAGAAGUGAAGCGUCGUGAACAGACCAGCAGCUCACUGACAAUCCUGCACACAACACUGUUAGACUCUGAAUCCCACAAUCCCUUUCUCUGAGCCCGUUCCUUCACACAGAGAUGGACGGUGCAGCCUGAGAGAAAUAACCAAAGGGGGGCAUUUAAGGGAGAGCGGUACCGGUUUGUAGGAAAAGAAAAACCUGAUGGAAAACGUUCAAACAGACGGAUACUUUGGUGCCGGAAAAUGGCGGCUAAUUUGAGUUUGAUUUACAUCCAUGACAAAUUCUAUUGACGUGUGAAACUAUGCAGAACUUGUAGCUCUAAAUCAGUCAGAAUGAUCUGUUCCUUUCAGAAAGUUUCAUCCAAACGAUCCCUUGAAAUUUUCUGCCUUUUGUUGCAGCUUCAUUUGAAAACUAGCCAAGUUUACAGGACCAGACGUUUUGGGCUAAAGUUGCUUUUACUGGUUGGUGACAAGAACAGGAUCGACGUCAACAGCUAUGCGACUGUUGCCAUGUUGUUCGCGUACAUGAUCAUCCUGGUUCCUGCAAGAAAACUGUGAUAAGGUGCUAAUUUAUUAAAUCGGGAGCACAAAUCAACUAAAUUUAAUCCUAGCAGGGGUUUUUUUUUUUUCAAAUUACAUUAGCUAGCUAAUCAGCUGUUCAAACCUUAGCAUGACGCAAACUAAUUCUGUGAUGUAUUUUAUAUUGCAAGCUGUUCACCACCAACGUUUAGAAGAAUGUAAAAUCCUGAUUGCUGUCUGCUUCAUGCAGCUAAAGAAACCUGCAGGAUAGUUUUGGCACCUUGUCGAUUUGUUUUGGUCAUUUUCGAUCCCCCUACAGCAGGAGGGCGUGGCCUUGAUCACAUCAGAAAGAUUCUGAAAGAUUCACACCGGACAGAGUGUGUAGGUCAAGAUCUCUUACUGACGGACUCUGUGGGACUCGAUCGUAGUGCGUUUUUCUGAAUGUAGUUGAAGUGUAGCACAGCCUCGACUGACGAGACAGAAUGUAUUCAUUUAGUUUUUUAUUCUCAGCAUUUUUAUGACGCGAAUCUGCUGAUACCACGCAGGCGUGUGGUCCAGGCUGUGCGCAUAUCACUUCAGGUCUUCAUUCUGACCUUUAAAUCUUUAGUAUUGUUUAUUUAAAAUGUAAAAAAUCCUCAGUUCCAUUUCUCAUUUUUCCUGGAAAUGCCACUCUAGAAUGAAACUUUAUUUCGCAAUCAAAAUAGAUGUGUGUGUAUAUAGCAUUUGAAAUUAGCGUAUAUAUUUAUAUAUAUUAAGCAUAUAUUGUACAGAUAUGUCCAGAAUUAACUAUUUAGCGAGAGAAGAGGUGUGUGAAGCAGUACUGGAUUUUCCAGACUAUAAACAAACAAUUUUA